CCUCUCAAGGCGAGAUCUGUGUCGCCUCUCCGGUCGCUCUGACUGAAAUGUUCUCCUACGUGACGGAGCGUUAAUACAGGAGACAAACUCACCGUCCACUGCUGCAGUUCAGCCGCCGAUUAAACAGAAAUUAAUUUAAAAGGACGAUCGGAGAGGGAAACGUUUAGAGGUAAUUCCGAUGGCACAGUGGACAAUACUUUUGUUUUCUUUAUACGGAGUUCUGCAUGGACAAGAGAUUCAGCCUCCUACUGUGCAAGAGUGCUGCCUAGAUGGGAGGGAGCGAGCCCUGGGAGGACAAGACUGUACAAUCCUCCCCCUCAUCUCCUCCUCCCAGACCUGCAGAAUCGCUCAGGAGCAAUGCUGUGCAGCCACAGUAGAAGAUAAACUCUGUGACAAUGGCAUCAAGAUGGCCAAGGGGCAGGGGGCCUGUGAGAGGCCCUUCUUCCAAGGAGACCCCUGGGAGACUAAAAUCUCUAAGAUAUGUUGUGACUGCUGCACGCUCGGCCUGAUGACAGCGAGCCAGGGUUCGAGCUGUGAGCUCCGGGGUUUGUUGCUGGGGCGACAGUGUGCACACACAGCUAAAACCUGCUGUGGCAAAAAUACAACCGAGGAAAUCAAACCAACUGUCGAAGAACCGAUGACAGAAAAGCCUAAGACCAACGAUACCACCAAGCCUCCAGAGGGAUCAGACCCCUGUAAAGACUCCAUUUGCUCCCAGUUGUGUGACGUUAAUGGUACAUGUGCAUGCCUGGGUGGUUAUCAGCUGCAAAAGGAUGGAAUUAAUUGUCAGGAUGUCAAUGAGUGUCUGACUGGCAGUCACAACUGCGUCCUUGGCCAAGUUUGCAUCAACACAGAGGGUUCUUUUCGCUGUCAGAGGGAAACCAGCUGUGGCACUGGAUAUGAACUCAAAGAAGACAACAGUUGCCAAGACAUAGAUGAGUGUACUUUGGGGACCCAUAACUGUGGACCUGACUUUUUGUGCACCAACACAGCAGGCUCGUUCCGCUGCCGCCCAAAAGAGAGAUGUUCAGAUGGUUUCAUUCAGGAUGCAAUCGGCAGCUGUAUUGAUGUAAAUGAGUGUUUGGCCCACACCAGUCCAUGCCUGCCUGGCCAAACUUGUAUCAACACAGUGGGCUCCUACACUUGUCGCAAGAACACGGUCACCUGUGGACGCGGCUAUCAUCUAACUGAGGAUGGCACACGUUGUGAAGAUGUGGAUGAGUGCCGUACAGGGAAUGUGUGUGGCGGCCAUGGUUGCAUCAACCUGCUGGGCUCGUACCGCUGUGAAUGCAGAAUUGGCUUCAUCUUCAACAGCAUCACCAAACUGUGUGAAGAUAUCAAUGAAUGCAGGCAUUAUCCCGGACGACUCUGCGCCCACAAGUGUGAGAACACAGAGGGGUCCUACCAGUGCAGCUGCACCACUGGCUUCAAGCUGUCGCAUGAUGGCAGAAACUGUGAAGAUGUCAAUGAGUGUGAAGCCAACCCUUGCAGCCAGGAGUGUGCAAACGUCUACGGCUCCUACCAGUGCUACUGUCGCCGUGGUUACCAGCUGAGUGACAUUGAUGGGAUAACAUGUGAAGAUAUUGAUGAGUGUGCCCUGCCGAGUGGAGGUCAUGUGUGUUCCUACCGCUGCUCCAACGCCCCAGGAAGCUUUUACUGUACCUGCCCACCGACAGGCUACACACUCGCACAUAACGGACGCACAUGCCAAGAUAUUGAUGAAUGUGCAGCAGGGAGCCAUACCUGCUCUGUCUCUGAAAGCUGCUUCAACGUCCAGGGAGGAUUUCGCUGUCUGUCCUUUGCCUGUCCUCCGAACUUCCGGCAAGCAGCACAUGGGUCCAGAAGAGAUGCUUCAGUCAAUGUGCGCUGUGUCAAGGCCUGCCAACCUAACGACAUCGGCUGCAAUCUCGAUCCCAUCCACCUCAUCACCCACACCUCCCUCUCUCUGCCGACCUUCAGAGACUUCAGUGAACCAGAGGAAAUAGUCUUCCUGCGGACAGUUGCGGCAGCUAACCCUGCUCCUCUACCUGGUGCCACCGAUGUUUUCUUUGACAUCCUGUCUGCAGAUGACCAGUUCUCUUUUGACGUGGAGAAACGCUCGCACCAGGGCAUGAUUAUGGGUGUUGUUCGGCAGGUGAAACCUAUCAUUGGCCCCAAGGACCUUGUGUUGGAGGUGGCUAUGAACUAUGUCAAGUCAGGGGUCAUUUCCCAUCGCAAUGUUGUCAUCAUCCAUGUCUUCAUCUCUGAGUUCUGGUUCUGAGCAGAGCUAAGGUGUGAAUGAUCCUGCAAUACAACAGCAAUACAACGCAGUACAAUACCUAAUUUCUAACUUCCAUAUACAGUUUUGAAUGUCUGGAGGCGCCACACUUAUCAUUUUAAAACACCUCAAAUGUUAAUGCUGUUGCAUGCAAGAUAAGAUAAAUCAUUGGAUUGGGGUCAUAUGCAAGGGCUUUAUAUGCACUAAAAACAGCUACAAAUGGGAAGGAUUGGAGUACUUUCAUACUGUGGAAAUCAAGCUUUUUUCAUGUGGCACUUAACAGCUCUCAUAGGAAUGAAUGAGGUCCCACCUCCAUGGCUGUAUCCAGGUUUUCUUGAUACAUCCAUGACAGAAUGCAUUGCACAGCUGCUUACAUAGGCAAUGAAUGGUGAAGAGUGGAAAUGAAGGAUCCUGUGGACACAUACUAUAAGAGUCUAGAACAAUGUUAGCAGCUCUGUGAGACUGUAUUUAUAGCCACAGUGGUGCUUUGAGCUAAUUUCAGCAUUGCUAACAUGUUUGCAGUGACAAUGCUAGCAAGCUAAUGUCUAGCAGGUAUAUAUUAACCCUCUCAGUUUAAUCUGUUAACAUGCUAACAUUUGCUAAUUAGAUAAGCCCUUCUAGCCCUCUCUCACAAAAAUAAUCGAAAACAAUUGGAGGCUGUCAUUUAGUGCCCCAGGGAUAACGUUUUCCUGUAGGUCAUCCCAGAAAGCUGAUGUGACCCUGGUUCCCUCGUCCAAAAGCCUGUGGGAUUUUUCCAUUGGAUUUUGGAUUAUUGCAGAAAAUAAGCUCUAUAGUAAACAAACGUUUGUGAAACUUACAGGAUUUGGUCUGCAAAAUAAUUUUCACAAAUGAACACCACUUUCUGGAUUUUUAAAGCCUAAAUGUAAUCGCCAGAAGUAAAAAGCUAUUGCUAGGCUAAAAUGAACUACACUACAGCCAUGUUGCCACCACUGCAAGGCUGUAAAGUUUGAUGUGAUUUAUGUUCUGUCUCAUUAGGCUACUUAGCAACUGUCUUUUUUAAGACACAUAAAAGCUAAAAGGUUUGCGAGUGGGUUAUUUACUGACAUAUUUUAUGUUGAACAAAAUGUCUCCUAAGCUUGUGGUAACCACUGACCUUAUGUAAGGCUUCUAACUAAAACAGCAUU